CCGGGAUUGUGGGAACAUUUGUAAGGACGUUGCGCAGAGCAGGUGGUACAAAUGACGGUGCUGAAGAUGAGUGGUGUGGAGAGCUGGCGGUGUUAGCAGGCGCGCUUCCUGUCUGUGGAGCUGCCCCCCUCCCCAAGACCACAUCCAUCUGUCGUCCGUCCGUCCGUCCGUCCAUCCACACAGGCAAGAACCGAAGUUUGAGGUAGACGAGCAGGCGAGCCGUUUGCCCGGGCGCAGAGCAUGAAGGCCGGGCGGGCGCGGGGAGCGGGCGCCCGCCGCCCGGCGCGGGGGUGAGCGAGAGAGAGAGCGGAGCGCGUGUGGCCGGCGCCGCUCGGCCUGGAGCUCCCGCGCCCGCGCCCCGCGCCCCGCGCCCGCCGCCGCCGCCGCCGCCCCUGGUGCGAUGGCGCAGAAACCCCGUUGACAAGGCACUGCUUUUUCAUGACGUUGUCAUGGACGAUGAUGAUGACUCGUGUCUCCUCGAUCUUAUUGGAGACCCACAAGCAUUGAAUUAUUUUCUGCACGGACCUAGUAAUAAAUCAAGCAGCGACGACCUGGCGAGCACAGGCUAUCCUGCAGCCAAUUCAAAUUCAAUUUUCGCCAACUCCACGAAUGCUGACCCUAAGUCGUCCCUCAAAGGUGUAAGUGACCAGCUUGGAGAAGGACCCAGUGAUGGACUGCCACUUUCAAGUAGCCUUCAGUUUCUUGAAGAUGAACUUGAGUCUUCUCCUCUUCCUGAUCUCGGCGAGGACCAACCCUUUGACAUUCUUCAGAAGUCCUUGCAGGAGGCAAAUAUCACUGAGCAGACGCUGGCCCAAGAGGCAUACCUGGAUGCCAGUGUAGGCUCAAGCCAGCAGUUUGCACAAGCUCAGCUUCAUCCUUCUUCAUCAGCAUCCUUUACUCAGGCUUCUAACGUUUCUAAUUACUCAGGUCAGACUCUGCAGCCUAUCGGGGUGACACACGUGCCUGUGGGACCGUCGUUUGCAAGCAAUACAGUGGGCGUGCAGCAUGGCUUCAUGCAGCACGUGGGCAUCAGCGUGCCCAGCCAGCACUUGCCUAACAGCAGCCAGAUCGGCGGCUCUGGGCAAAUACAAUUGAUCGGGUCAUUUGGUAAUCAGCCUUCCAUGAUGACAAUUAAUAAUCUAGAUGGCUCGCAGAUCAUAUUAAAAGGCAGUGGGCAGCAAACCCCAAGCAAUGUGAGCGGAGGACUUCUGGUUCACAGACAGACUCCUAACGGCAACUCGUUGUUUGGGAACUCCACUUCCAGUCCGGUAGCACAGCCUGUCACCGUUCCAUUUAACAGCACAAAUUUUCAGGCAUCUUUACCUGUGCAUAACAUCAUUAUUCAAAGGGGUCUCGCACCAAAUUCAAAUAAAGUCCCAAUUAAUAUCCAGCCAAAGCCGAUCCAGAUGGGUCAGCAGAGUACGUACAAUGUGAACAGCCUGGGAAUUCAGCAGCACCAUGUCCAGCAAGGGGUCUCCUUCGCCUCUGCAAGCUCGCCCCAGGGCUCCGUGGUUGGUCCACACAUGUCUGUGAACAUUGUCAACCAACAGAACACGAGGAAGCCUGUCACCUCCCAGGCCGUGAGUAGUGCAGGGGGCAGUAUCGUCAUUCAUUCCCCCAUGGGCCAGCCUCACACCCCCCAAAGUCAGUUCCUUAUACCUACAAGCCUUUCCGUCAGCUCCAACUCGGUACACCAUGUCCAGACCAUAAACGGGCAACUUCUUCAGACUCAGCCCUCGCAGCUCAUCUCUGGCCAAGUGGCCUCCGAGCAUGUCAUGUUGAAUAGGAGUUCUUCUAACAUGCUCAGGACCAACCAACCGUACUCUGGACAGAUGCUUAACAACCAGAACACCGCCGUGCAGCUGGUGUCUGGGCAGACUUUUGCCACCUCUGGCAGUCCUGUGAUCGUCAAUCAUGCGUCCCCUCAGAUGGCCGGAGGGCAGAUGCCCUUGCAGCGGUCCUCGCCAACUGUAUUGCACCUGUCCCCGGGGCAGAGCAGCGCUUCCCAAGGAAGACCAGGCUUUCCUGCCAUGCCCUCGGUGACCAGCAUGGCAGGGUCUACCCGGUUCCCUGCUGUCAGCUCAGCCAGCACUGCGCAUCCCAGUCUUGGGUCCGCAGUGCAGUCUGGGACAUCAGGAUCAAACUUUACGGGAGACCAGCUGACACAACAAAACAGGACUUCGGUACCCGUCAGUGUGCCCCAUCGUCUUCCCGUCUCUUCUUCCAAACCUACCAGCACUUUCAGCAACACACCGGGAGCUCAGCCGCAGUUCUUCUGUCAGGCUCAGAAAAAGUGUUUGAACCAGACCUCCCCCAUUCCCUCGUCCAAGACCACAGAUGGCUUGAGGCCAAUGCAGAUCCCUGGGCUCUCAAGCACAGCACUGCCAGGACAGGAUUCUGGAAGCAAAAUGAUGCCAGCAUCCUUGGGGACUACACAGCCACAGCAGGAAAACUCGGUUGGAUCAUCCCCUAGCCAGACGACUGUGCAGGUGGAUGGUCAUUCAGGACAGAAGAGGCCCGCCACCAAACAGCUGACUAAAGGAGCUUUCAUCCUCCAACAGUUGCAGAGGGACCAAGCCCAUGCCGUGACCCCUGACAAAAGCCAGUUCCAAUCACUAAGUGACACAGUGCAGAGACUGCUGUCCUACCACGUGUGCCAGGGCUCCAUGCCCACGGAGGAAGACCUGCGGAAAGUGGACAAUGAAUUUGAAGAAGUUGCCACUCAGCUCCUCAAAAGGACCCAAGCGAUGCUGAACAAAUACCGAUUCCUGCUCCUAGAAGACGCCAUGAGAAUCAACCCCUCUGCCGAGACUGUGAUGAUCGACAGGAUGUUCAACCAGGAGGAAAGAGCUUCUCUCUCUCGGGACAAGCGUCUGGCGCUCGUGGAUCCUGAGGGUUUUCAGGCCGAUUUCUGUUGUUCCUUCAAACUUGACGAGGCUGUACCUGAGACACCACUUGACAGGAGUGACCAGCAUCGCAGCAAAACCAGCUCGCUCCAUCAGGCGCCCAGGGCCCAAAGCAGAGACCGAGCCAAGCCAGGCAUGGCAGAAGCAACGAAUCAUGACCAGUUUCAUCUAGUGCCUAACCACAUCGUGGUCUCUGCGGAGGGAAACGUUUUGAAAAAGUCGGAAGGCCACGGUAGAACACUGAAAUAUGACAGAGGGAGCUUAGGCCAAUACCGGGGUGUACCUGAGGACAAGGGCAGCCGGAGGGACCCUGCCAAUGCCAGCGGGUGCUCUCCAGGCCCCGAUGGCCACCGCAAGACUAUGGCCAGGCCGGAUCAUGACGCCGAGAGCAAGCUCCCGGGCAUCCUGGCCAGCUCGCACCUGGAGAUGCCGUGCCUCGACUCCUUCCAGGACAAAACCCUGAGGAAUUCCCCAAAGAAUGAGGUUUUACACACAGACAUCAUGAAAGGGUCGGGUGAGCCCCAGCCGGAUCUCCAGCUCACCAAGAGCCUAGAGAAAACCUUUAAGAACAUUCUGGAGCUCAAGAAGGCGGGGCGGCCACAGAGUGACCCCGCAGCCAGCGGCGCCGUGGACCUUGACUUCCCCAGCUUUUCUCCAAUGGCUUCGCAAGAAAACUGCCUGGAAAAGUUCAUGCCGGACCACAGUGAAGGCGUCGUGGAGACGGACUCCAUUUUAGAAGCAGCUGUAAAUAGUAUCCUUGAGUGUUAGUAGCAGCCGCCCUCCCCGACCCCGGACCAGUUACAUUCGCUCCCAGCAAAGCCAAUGGAAACAUCUCCUGUCUCCAGCCUGCUUGGUCCUCCGUCACAGGUUAUUCUUUCUAAUCUCCACCCUGUUCUUUUGAAGAGCAAUACACGUCGUCGUGGCUGCAGGGAGACCCUCAGUCAACCCAUCUCGCUAGAAAGCAGUCCGAUAGGCACCACACAUUUCAAGUGUUCCGAAAGCGUUUAUGGCCAUUGUUGUUCGUUUGUUUCGUGGUUUGUUUGUUUUUAGCGCUGUCACUCGACGAGACCACAGUACACUUGACCCUGGGUAAAAUUUUGACAAUCAUAGGUCAUUUCAAAAGAACAGACUUAUUAAAGAAAAAUCAAACAGGACUUAUAGAAGCUACUUUUUUACAGAAUUCUCACUGCAGCUUCAAACUAGUGGUUUUGUUUUUGUUUGCGGGAAAGGGUAUUUGUGAAGGGAAGUCGGCAUGACUUUCCCCAGGGCUCAGUGCUCUCUGAGCAGUGGGUAGCCAGUUGCUCUGCCUGGAACCCCACAGCCCUGGCCCAGACGUCCAUAGCAUCUACGCAGACCGUUUGUAGGCCUGCCUUCCCUGCCGAACAGCCGAGUGUUUACGUCACGCUGCUGCUGAGGAAGCAAAACUUUGUUUUUCUUUUUUAAUUUUAGCGUGUCCAUGUUGAAUUGUGUCUGAGAACGCUCUGUUCUUAGCCCCAGGUAUGCAGCUUGAAAGUCCACCCAAGCUCAGUAGGGAACACCGGGAACCAGUUCAAGGACAGCGGCUAGGGAGGCUGCUGGAGCCGCCAGGGUCAGUGUGCAACUUAAAAGAAUUUUGCAUUUUAUAAUCGGGUGAAGUCAACGCACCCUGUGCUUUUGAUUGUUGCUGAAUUCUGUUUUGCUUAACCUUUGUCUCCCUGCCCUCAGCAAACAGCCCAGCAGUGAGUGCUGUCACUGGAAACUGCUUCCUUUAUCAGUUUAGACUUUGGGAGGGGACUUUAGCCUUGUUUGUGCUUCCUGUUUCUGAGACCAGUAGUCAACACUGGCAUUGAUCAUUCCCAGCACAGAAAACCGAGGGAGGGCAGCAGCCAGAUGUCACCACCAGAAAGAGGGGGACCCCCACGGGUGGCCCAUGUUUGAGUUAGCAAGCCUUCCUCUUUAUUUAUGUCCUUUCUGGGGAAGGUUGCCCAGUUUUCUCUCCUUGUGGGCCUGGCCCAGGGCCCAGUGUUUCUGAUACUUCUUGCAUUCUUUACAUCAUGGAAACCAUUGCCGAGAAAGCCAGGUCAUGGUGCUCCUGCCACCCCGCCCACCUGUUUGACCCUCUGGGAUCUGGAGUUUGUUUGUGUUUUUGUGAAGGUUUGCUCCCUCUGUUUGUCCCCCUGGCUGUAGAAAUGCGUCCAUUGGUUUCUACUUCACUAGAUCCUAGAAUGGAGUGGCCCCUACAGUCAUCAUGUUGAGCGUUUCUUUUCCAGAUUGGCCUGUAAUGGAAAGGAAGGCUUCUGAUUUUUUCUUUUCAAACAGCAGAGCAAAAAUCUAGGCAUGUUGGCACACACCUGUAAUCCCAGCAGUCAGGUGGCUGAACCAAGAGAGUCAGGAGUUCAAGGCCAGCUUGGGCUACAUAAGUCACCCUGUCUUAAAAUCAAAACAAAAGAAACUGAGCAACAGCAGACUGUGUGUCCCUUCCACCCCACUGUCCACUACAGGAAGAAGCCCUGUGAGACAGCCAGUCUUCAGCAGAGCAGUGUCCUUCUCCCAGUCCACGGCCCAGCCAAUCGAAUAGGAGAAUCUGGGCUGUCUUAGAGUUACCUUUUUUCCUGAUUUGUGCCAAUGUCCAAGUUGCUGACUUCCCUCCUGUAUUAUAACACGUUAGAAAGAUGAGUUGUUUGCCAGUUAGAUUCUGUUUGGGCCACCCUGGGCUAACAGCCUGCCCUUAUCCCUCUGAUGUCACAGACUCUUCUCAUAGCCUCCUGGUUGCCUAAGUCACGAUGGCCCCUGGAUGCCUGCACAUGGCUACAAUGAAUUACAGUAAUUAUUGCAAAUCAGUGGAAUUCUUGAGACGAGCAAAGUCUCGUGUAUAUUUGUUACCUCUUUCUUCCUCCCGACCCCCAGCUUUUCUCUCUGUCAAAUCGCAGGGCUUCUGAGCCCUCACAUUGCUCCCACAAUGGAAAGCCUAACGUACCAAAAUGAAACUUGUAAAUUUUGUGUCCUUAUAUGUAAGUUCGCUUUCACGGAGAAAAGACUCGAGAUAAUGGCAGAUGAAGAUUAUAGAAUGUGUUUUACCCUGUGAUUAGGUUCCACCACGUGGGUCAUAGCUCGUGUAUGAGCCCCCUCUGGUGAAGGCACGCACCCUGCCUCAGUGGCCAGCCCUUGGUGGUUCAGGUUCAUUAGUCAGUUGAGUCGUCGCGCUCAGUAACAAAAAUCACCUUUUCUUCCCUUUGUUAUUAAUCUGUUUGUUGUUGUGGCAAAGUAUGGAUUUGUUAUUACGCAUUGAUUUUCUGUGUCCUUAAGUACUGCCUAAAGAUGAAGCAAAAUUGGAACUGGCAAUUACGAGAAGGAAAUCCUUUAGCUCUGCAGAACUUAGUAGACUCUGUUAGGUUAGGGAGGCCUCACAGGCUGGCUGGCUCAGAGGACGGUCACUCGCUGUCAGUGUGGUGUGGGCUUUAUUUGCUUAAAUACCUUCAUUUGUAUAGUACGUCUCACUUGAAAUUGCUUUGUAUACAUUUUGUAAAAAUAUUUAUAAAACGUUUUGUAAAAAAAAAAAGUAUAACAAAUUGCAGUUUAUUUUGUUAUGUUGGAUAAAUACUGUUAAAGCAGUCAGUACCUAUAUUGUUAAUCCAUGGUUAGGAAAUGUUCAGUUGGAGAUCACAAAAUGAAACAAGCAUUGCAAUACAGCCAAAGAUUUGGGAAAA